GACUCCAACCCCCUGCUUUGCUCUUCAAUCUACAUACAUUCAUAUGACACACCCCUCCAGCCGCCGAGCACCGUCACGAGCGAGCUAGUUAGUCGACAGCAAUGGCGGCCUCCUCCUCCUCCUCCUUCCAAAGAGGCGGCGAGCGACGAGGAAGGUGGGGGAGCCCCGAGCGCACGGUGGUCUGGGCCGAGCCGAAGCCCGCGCCCAAGCCGACCAGGAAGGUGGCCGUGGUCUACUACCUCUGCCACCGCGACGGCCACCUCGACCACCCGCACUUCCUCGAGAUGGAGCUGCCGCUCUCCUCCUCCUCCCACCGCGCCGCCACAGCCGGCCUCUACCUCCGUGACUUCACGGCCCGCCUCGACGCGCUCCGCGGCAGCGGCAUGCCCGCCAUGUACGCCUGGUCCUCCAAGAGGAGCUACAGGAACGGGUACGUGUGGCAGGACCUCGCCGAGGACGACCUCGUCCACCCCGCCCACGGCACCGACGAGUACGUCCUCAAGGGCUCCCCGCUCCUCUUCCCGCAGCAGCCACCGCCCCCGCGCCGCGACGCGUCCUCAGCCUCCUCGGCAUCCUCCUCCGGCCACAACACGAGGGCCGGCCGCCGCCGCAAGAACUGGAGCUCCUUCGACCUCGGCGAGUACAGUAAUAACAAGCAGCUGGUGGCCCUGCGCACCGCCCAACAGUCCGCGGCCACGCAGACCGACCACCGCGGGCCGGAUCAGGAGUCCACGGAGCUGGCCAUCGACGAGAUCUCCCCACCGCCGUCCUCCAGCAGCCCAGACGCCCUGGACAGCUGCGGCAGGGACGUCGGCGUGAUCGCCGGGGGGCGGAUGCGCGCGUCUGCGGUGCUGAUGCAGCUCUUCUCCUGCGGGUCGAUGGGCGCCGCGAAGCGGGGCCACGCGCGUGGGCGCUCCGACGUGGCGCCGAUGAGUGCCAGCGGCAGUAACAGGCAGGCGGAGGCGGACGCAGGAGCAGAGCGCUCGUCAGGUGGUGGUGGAGGUGGCGUGGGCGUGGGUAAUAUCAUGGAGCGGGACUACUUCAGCGGCAGCCUCGUCGAGAGCAGGAAGACCACCGGCAGCGGCGGCGGCGAUGCCGCUCUUCUCCACAAGAGGUCGUCCUCCUGCAACGCCGACAGGGGCGCCGCGAGGCUGAAGCUGCCGGUGGCAGCGAGGGAGAAGGUGGUCCGCGCCGGGUGCCUCGCCUCCCGAGGAAGCCGCGACCCCAAAAGAAACACGAGUAAAUCCGCGGCGGCCGCGAGCAGGGACGACGGAGGCGAGUGCAAGGGCGCGACGGAGCCGGCGGCGGCGGCCGCCGACCGGGCGGGGAGCAGCUAGCUGGCGAUCGAGCUGCGGUCCAUGAAGCGAGUUCGAUUUGCAGGCGGCGGGACGGGCACGGCACGGCGCCGUGUGGACGCCCCGAGACGUGGAUGGACUUGGUGGACGAAUCAACUCGUCGGAGUCAGCUGAGAUCUGCUACUAGCAAAGCAAUCCCAUUCCGAUGCUUGCAACGGCACGGAAUUGGAUUAGUACACAAUGGCGACGAGAUCUGGCAGCAGCCUCGCGUGCCUGCUCUACCUCAGUUUUAUUUAUCAAUUAUUUAGUCACAGGCAGGGCCUCCGAUCCGAUCCCUAAUGCGAGACAGGACUAGUCAGUUCUUCUUUUUACGCUAGAGCCUUGCUCGUACUCUGUUUUCUCUACCACUCUUCCACCCAUCUCUGCUACGUUGUGACUUGUGAAGCGCGUACGCCGUAUUUCCGUUUGCUCAUUCUCCUCGGGGCCCGUGCGUGACCUGUGCGUGCACAGGACUUCUGUUCAGGUUCGGUGUGUGUGAAACGAAGAAACAAGGCAGUGUCAGUUUGACUCUGCGUCUUUGCCUGGUC